CAUCGAGCUGUACUCGUGGAGGGGGGCGCUGCUCAUCCUCAGCGCCUUCGUGGCCAACCUGUGCGUCUGCGGGGCGCUGCUGCGACCAAUCAGAGUGCAGGAGGAGGAAGAGGAGGGGGAGGGGGAGACGGGGGACGAGGAAAAACCAGGUGAGAGACUCACUGUUGCUGGAUUUAGGACUCUGAUGGACUCGCCUGCCUGGACUAGCACUCUGCUUCAGUCUCAUGGAAACUGUCUCAUGGUUGCCUAGCAACAAGCUCACCUGUCUGUCUCCUGAUGCAGGUAACAUCUCGUCACACGAGGCGGAGCUCGCCCUGAAACUCUCCAAAGAAUCGGAGGCCCGCCUCCUCUCAGAAAAGUCUCUGCUGCCCGUAAGCCCCGCCCCUCUACCAAAAAAGAGGCGGUGCUUCAGCUCCUGGUUCCUGUCCAGUAAGGAGUACCGUUUCCUGCUGCUGCCGGACUUCCUGGGUCUGGCCGUGUCCUUCCUGUUCCUGGCGAGCGGCUGCAGCCUGCCCUUCGUCUACCUGGUGCCGUACGCUCUGAGCGUGGGCGUGAGCCACCAGCAGGCCGCCUUCCUCAUGUCCAUCCUGGGCGUCAUCGACAUCGUGGGAAACAUCACCUUCGGCUGGUUGACGGACAGACGGUACGACUGAAAGAACAGCGUCCAUGUUUAGGGGUCAAAGAAAGACCCUCAGACCGGGUUUCUGUCCCGGUUUCUCAGUCUGGACUCUCAAACGGUUUCUCCUCUCUCAGGUGUUUGAAGCCGUACCGUCUGGCGUGCUACAUCUUCUCCGUGGCGAUGGAGGGUCUCUGCUGCCUCUUCACUCCUUUGCUCCGCUCCUUCGCUCUCCUCGUACCCUUCGCCGUCCUCUACGGGUACUUCGAUGGUGCGUACGUGGCGCUGAUCCCCGUGGUGACCUCAGACCUGGUGGGAGCUCCGUACCUGUCCUCUGCGCUGGGCGUGGUUUACUUUCUUCACGCCAUCCCCUACCUGGUCAGCCCGCCAAUUGGAGGUAAGAAGGUUAACCCCCAAUAUCCAUCUCAUCCUGAACAUCUACGAAAAGGUCGCAUCCUCCGAUCGUAGCUAAUCGGAACCAUUCAAGUUACGUAAAUACGGCGGUGAAGUUAGUUUCAGGUUGGAUAUAUUUUCCUGUAAAUAUGGCGGUGAAGUUAGUUUUAGGUUGGAUAUAUUUUCCUGUAAAUACGGCGGUGAAGUUAGUUUCAGGUUGGAUAUAUUUUCCUGUAAAUACGGCGGUGAAGUUAGUUUCAGGUUGGAUAUAUUUACCUGUAAAUACGGCGGUGAAGUUAGUUUCAGGUUGGAUAUAUUUUCCUGUAAAUACGGCGGUGAAGUUAGUUUCAGGUUGGAUAUAUUUUCCUGUAAAUACGGCGGUGAAGUUAGUUUCAGGUUGGAUAUAUUUUCCUGUAAAUACGGCGGUGAAGUUAGUUUUAGGUUGGAUAUAUUUUCCUGUAAAUACGGCGGUGAAGUUAGUUUCAGGUUGGAUAUAUUUUCCUGUAAAUAAGGCGGUGAAGUUAGUUUCAGGUUGGAUAUAUUUUCCUGUAAAUACGGCGGUGAAGUUAGUUUCAGGUUGGAUAUAUUUUCCUGUAAAUACGGCGGUGAAGUUAGUUUCAGGUUGGAUAUAUUUUCCUGUAAAUACGGCGGUGAAGUUAGUUUUAGGUUGGAUAUAUUUUCCUGUAAAUACGGCGGUGAAGUUAGUUUCAGGUUGGAUAUCUGACGGACAUUCUCUGAGGAUCUACCGGUGUCUUCUCACUCUCCAUAACCGGGAAUAACAACAGCAGCGCGGUUAAAUCUACUCGACACCCUCACUGUCAACGUCGGUGUUGAAUAAGGGACCGUCAAUAAAUUACCGGUUGAUGUUCUCAGAAAAGGCUGUUUUCCUUCAAUAGCUUCACUGUCAUGUGACCAAAAGACCUAAAACUGAUUUCUAAUAACAGUACUAAGGUCGACCCCUAAAGUUCUUUGUGCUCCUCACUUUUUUUAACUCAGGUGAACACGUGAACAAAGUUCGAGUCGAUCCCUGAUCGGUGUCGGAGAGUUAAAAUCCUGAUGAUUUAAAGACGUGAAACCUUUUAACAUGAAAAUAAACUUCAUCAUAAACAGAAGAUUAGAUAAACGUUGAACUAAAGAGAGCUGUUGUCCCAGCUGUCAGUGAACGCACCACGCCGUCUCCGUGUCCUCCUGGUGUUUGGACAGCCCUCUGUUUGCUGAUCUGAGGUCAGCUCAGUGUGGAAACAUGUUUCCUCUGAAAAACGUCGAUGUGAGGCGAAGACGAUGUUCAGAGAGAAUCCAUCAGCAGGAUGUGAUGUAAUCCUGAUAACUGAGGGCGAGGAGAAACAUCUGAAGAUAACGGCGUCCUUAUGUAACAGACAGACUCAGCAGCUGAUUGGUCAGGAAUGAUAACCUCACGUUGACCUGAUGACAGGAAAUCUGCUUCUCUUUCUGCAGGUUGGCUCGUUGAUGUCACAGGAAGUUACACGGCCACCUUCUUCCUGAGUGGCGCCGCCCUGCUGGCCAGUGCGCUCGCCCUCUCCACCGUUGCUGGGAUUCGACACUGCCACCGCCGCCUGAAGUCGGCCGCCAUCCCCCAGGACACCAAGCCUGAGCCCCUCCCCCUCCCUCUGUCGGACCAAUCAGAGUGCCGGAUCACUUUCAACAAGGAGGCGAUCAGUCAGGGUGUGACCUCAUAG